AUGGUGUUUAUUGCAUUUACUCCCCGACUGCCACUUAAAUCGGCGACACUGUGGGCUGGUUUGGUUUUGGGGUCUCUGAGGUUGGUGGUUUACCAGGGUUCCGUUCUCGGGGGGCAGCAGGAGGAGCAGCAACACCUGAAGCUACGCAAAUACCCCGCAGGCGGCAGACCAAGCAAAACAGACGAUGGCCGUUGGACGAUAGACUGCAGAGCCCACAGCUUCGAGCAGCUGCCUUCUCCGCUCGUGUGGAAGAAAGUGCAAAGUAAAUGCACAACACAAAGUCUGCCUGGCGCCGCCUCUGGUGAACAGGUGAACAGCCAGGGGGCGUGGCAGGUGGGCAGGACGAAGGACCUGCCACAACUGCGGAGCGAUGGGAAUCCAAUCACCAACUCCAAAACUGAAUACCUAGAUUCCUAUGCGAAUCUCAUGAAGUCCUACAUGAACUUCAGUGUGGAUCCUUGUGAGGACUUUUAUGAGUACUCCUGCGGAAACUAUCGACAGAGUUCACCGCUUUUUUGGGUGAUCUGGGAUAAUAGCAAGGGUGACAUCACGAAAAACCUGGUUGGCAAGACGGAAGCAUAUCUAGGCAGGAUGGAUCUGGCGGAGUCUCUAAAUGUCCUCAAGGAACUGAAGGUGGCCCAAAGGUUAUACAACGCCUGUUUGGGAGCUUCUCUAUCUCCCUUUCCAGCCGAUGAUCCACAUUAUCUAGCACUCAUUCGGUCGAUCGGAGCGUUCCCCGCCGUCGAUGGACCCAACUGGAAUGCCUCCAACUUCAGCUGGUUCAACAUGAGUGCCCAAAUGAUCAACUAUGGGGCGAAAGGUUUGAUCGACGACGCGAUGGACAAAGAAUAUCCCUUUGAGCCGUACAUGAUUAGUCCGAAACUGGGCUUUCACAGCAUCGUGGAGGAGGACAUCAUCCUCGGCAACUCCGCUCAAGCCUACAAACUGGACAAGGAUCGCAUGCGCGGAUACCUAAGAUCCUAUAAGCUGCCAGAGGAUAAAAUUGCAGAAGUGAUCGAUGGAGUGUUUGCAUUCUGGCGAGAGGCUAUAACGGUGGAGGGAACGGAUCGCCCUGGAAACUGCGAAAAGUUCGAGAACAGCUACUUCCAGAUCGUUUGGAACGGGGAGCAACCAAAGGAAACCCCAAUGUGUGAAUCCUAUUUCCUAGAUAUGGACAAGGUGUAUGCGAGGCAUUCCGAGGCCGUGGCCAAUUAUCUGGCCAUGAAACUGCUGUUCGCAUUCGAUGCCCAACUCAAUGCCACCCAAACCCAAGGGGAUUAUUGUGAAAGAACACUGCGGUACACCAUGCCGUUCCUCUUCAACAAACUCUUUAUUGCGGAUCACCUUUCAGAGAAGAUAAAGUUGGAAGUGAUUGAGAUUAUGGAGGAAUUUGGGAAGAGCGUACAAAGGACGCUGGAGAAAGAGGGUAGGUUCGACUCGAAGGAUCCGAAGAAAGGACUGACCAAUUUAGCUUUAAUUGAGUCUUCUCUUGAGUUAAUCGACUUCAAAUUGCUCGCCGAUCGCAUAAUUCCGGAGAUUGGCCGUCUGGAAAUAGUCGACGAUAGUUACGCAGCCACCAAUAUAAAUCUGCAACGCCUCCGGGUCGACAUCAGUCGAUUCGGCACCCGUCACGCCCAUGAACUGUCCAAUUCCUCCCGUUCACAGAACUCCCUGUUGGAUGAGAUGUCUUCUGUGUCCUUAUUUUUUCAACCUCCCGUUUAUGACCCCUCUUGGCCUUUCUCCCUAAAAUUUGGUGGCCUCGCUAGUUGGCUUUCUCGCUUUUUGCCCCAGUUCGAAGAUGUAAGUUAUGAUUACGAUAUCGAAAGGUGCUUUGCGCCCUCGGAAGACUUUGGGGACUCGGGAUUGUCGUUCUCUGCCUACCAAAGCCGGAUAGAUCAUCUUUUGGAGAAUCCCAAGCAGGAGAAGAUCAGCGAACAGAUGCCAGGACUCGACUUGUUGCCAAAUCAGCUCUUCUUUCUGAAAUCCACUCAGUUGCUGUGCUCUGGAAACAAAGAGGAUGCUAAAUACAAGGCUGAGGGCUUCUUGGCGAGCAACGAAGACUUCUUCAGGGCCUUCAACUGUCCUGUCGGAUCUGGCAUGCGUCGCGUACCCAAACCUUGUAGGAUGUGGUAA